CGACGCUUGAGAGGCCCAAUAGCAAGCUACUGUGGUGGACUCUCCCCCUCAAAAAAUAAAUUUAAUAUCGUGUGGACCAUUGGUCCACAUAUCAGAUAUUAAACUGAUAAGAACAGAUACUACACUUGAUCUUAGCCAAAAGGCCGAGAAAGGUAUGAGCUGCCUAGAGAUUGAACUCUUAUUUUAUAUCUAAAAUCUCAGUACUUGUUAUUACUUCUAACCGAUGUGGGACAUAGAACUCAUGAGUACUAUUUCUUUCUUUUUAAAAUCCAAUGUAGCAACCAUAUACUAUAAGUAGUCUAACAAUUUCUGUUCAAAUAGCAGCCAAGCUAUAUAGCCAAUUUCUGUUCAGGUGUAAAUCCCGAAUUGUUAUCAUCUUCAUUUUUUGUGGUAUCAGCGCCGUUAUUGUUCUUUUGGUCAUGUGGUGAAAAGCCUUGCUUCUUAAAGCAAACAUCAAUGGUGUGACCCAGUCAGUAUAUUACAGUGAAUACAAUGGUUAUUACUGUGGUACCAAUCUCAAGAGGACCUGCCUCCACCAUCUCAUUUGAUGGUUCACAAAAUUUAGCUGAGUCUAAAUUUAGAAAUGCAUUAUUAUGAUUAUAUACCUUACAUUGCUCAAGCCAUGGUAGAUUGCUAUGGCUUAAGUUGGUUAGAGAUCUCCAACUGUGAAUCCCUCUCGAACCUUCCAAUUGACCUUUUUAAGUUGAAAUUUCUAAGAAGACUUUACCUCAGUGGUUGCUUGAAUUUAGAGAAGUUCCCUGAAAUCGAGGAGAAUAUGAAAAGUUUGACUGUGCUCACGUUAGACAGAACUGCAAUCAAGGAACUACCUUCAUCCUUGCACCAUUUGGUCAGCCUCGAAGAAUUGAGCUUGUACAAUUGCCAGAACCUCGAGUCUAUUCCACCUUCGAUUGGAAGUCUAAGAAAACUCAACAAGUUAAGCAUUAUGUACUGUGAAUCACUUGAAACUUUUCCUAGCAGUAUUUUCAAAUUGAAGUUGACAAAACUUGAUUUGCAUGGCUGCUCAAUGCUGAAGAUCUUCUCAGAGAUCUUGGAGCCUGCUGAAACUUUUGUUCACAUUAACUUAACAAAAACAGCGAUUAAGGAACUGCCUUCAUCCUUGGAGUAUUUGGUUGGACUUCAAACCUUGUGCCUGAAGUUAUGCAGUGAUCUGGUGUCACUUCCAAACAGCGUUGUUAAUCUAAACUAUCUAUCUGAGCUUGAUUGUUCUGGCUGUUGCAGUUUAACAGAAAUCCCAAGUAAUAUAUAAUAAGUUUUGUAUUGAAAACAAACAAAAGAAGAUGGGUGACUACAAGUAUGUAAUAGUAUGUCCUUUGUAUAUAAACUGCUCAUCACCAAUACUUUUCUUUUCAAGCUUUAAAUAUUUAAUUUAUUAUUUUCAUUUUGUUUUUUUCAUAUUGGAAUUCAUAAGUA